GGGAGUACUACCCCGAUGUUCAGGGUCAAUACAAAGUCCAAGAAACUUGCCUACUUGCUUACAUUACAAACAACUUAUGGCGACUUCUGUGGUUAUUUGUCUCCGGAACCAGAUUGAAGUUAAAUUCAACUCAAGGUCAAGUCUCUGACCAGAGACGAACGCGGUCUCGUCUUCAUACUCUCCUUUUCCAAAGUGAACUACGCUAGUACUACGCUAUACACUGAUUAAUUGCACACGCGAACACUAGUCUCGUCUGGCUUCCUGUCCAGCAACGUACCCCCGCCUUGGUCAUUCCAACUCCAGUGCUCUGAGGCCUACCAAAAUCUGUCGCAAUGUCAUCCUCUUCGUGUGGGGGCCUAGGAUCUCGAUGUUGUACUAUGUCUGAAUGGAUGUCUUCACGCGAUCAUGAUACAAAUUCGAACAAAUUUCAACACUAUGCGUUUCAAAAUCCCAUCGCCACGGGCCCUCUUUCUGCAGCAUCCACUAUUGAUCCUAGCUAUCCUUCAACCCCAAUUGAUGGCCUUGCCCCUCCCAGUAUCCGAGUAGCGGAGGCGUCUUAUUUCGCUGUCGUCCCAAAAUAUGAUACACCAAGUCUUACAUACAUAUCCAACGCUACUGUGCUCGAUGGCGAAUGGAUGGAAGACGUUAACGCUUCGAGUGACGAACAGGGCUCACUGGAUGCUCCUUCCCAUCCCAAUAUCCCUGUUCUGUCGAUUCCCUCUAAGUCUCUCAAACAUGUGGAGUUUUGCUCUUCCCAAACAUCUGGUGUCUCUACCCUGGCCCUCCAAGACAGCGCCAUCGAAAAACUACCCUUCGACGCGGAAAACAUUCACUGGGACGCCGCCUACUCAAAUUCACCUACCGAUGUUCAAAAACGUGAUUCGUCUUCGCUCAUUUCUGUUGCCACUCUAGGUUCGAAAGAGAGUAUUCCUGAUACUAGUUACUAUUGUCCACUGGAUUUUCCUUGGGCUCCGAGCAUAGUCAGCGGGACGACGAAGGGAUUUGAGCUUCAAGGAGGGCAAAUGAAACUUGAUAAUGCUAACGAACGGCCAGCCCAUUACGCUCAGGAACCCCUAAGUGCAGAUCUUCGAGGAGAUUCUAUCCAGAACCCUGCUCUUCGCACCCUCAAUCCUCAAAACGAUGGGAGUCUCAUAGAAGCAUUUGUUUCUAAUGAGAGUCCUAAGUGGAUGCCAGACGGUGACUCUAUGAGCGCAGGUAUCCAUGGGGAAGGACGCUUGGGUCCCUGUUCCAUUAAGCUUGAACUUCCGAGCACUCAGGGACCGAUAGUUCGCCCUCACACAACGACCCGCAAAGACCUAAUGACCGAAAAUCAUACUAAACACACCGAAGCAGCUACUUUACCAACUACCACCUUGUCACGAUGUCUCCCCGAUGCAAAUGUCCAACCAGGUUUUACUAUCUUUGCAGCUAACAGCAACAUGCCCCUUGUACAAACUUUACCUCACAUUUCUCUCAUUGACACACCAGACUUGCAUCGGUCUCAGUUACCUGCCUUGUCACAGAAAGCGGCAUACAAACUACCACCUCUCCGUUCAGACCUCGACUCCUCGCGAAACAACUCGUCCCUCGCAACGCACGACCCUCUCCCUCGGGUUGAUUGCAUAUUGCAGGGUGGUCCUUUCCACUGAAAAUGGAUUUAGCGAAGGACCCCACUAAUUGUGUCCAGGGGGCUGCAAGGGAAAAGCAUUAUAUAUUGGAUUAUCAGGACUUGUAAAUGUGAUACAAAGUGUCCAAGGGAGAAUGUAAACCAGUCUAUUCGUGAAGCGGUAAAUAAAAUAUUGCUUAGCCAC